CAUCACGAAAAUUUCCCACUACAUCCACGCCACGGCUGCCUCUCCCUGUGCCAUCGCGAAAACGGCACUGACAAUCGCCGGGAGACAGUUUGAACGAUUGAUACACAGUCUUUUUGAUUCCUGCACCCCCGAAUCAAGAGAACUAGGCGCGUCUGAACACGCGCGGCGGGCGUGAAAGCUUUCGACUAGGCACUCCUCGCGACAACCAUCGAUAUAUUUCAUCGCCAACAUGUCGCAACCGCCUCCGCCUCCGCCUCCUCCUGGAUGGGGUCCUCCCCCACCACCUCCUCCCUCGAUGCCGGCUCCUCCUGCUCCUCCUCCUCCCGGUUAUCAACCCCCAACCGACCCCCAGAUCGCAAAGUUUGCGCAGAAGAAGAAAGAAUGGCUGAGACAUCAGCGUCAGCGCUUCGGCGAGAAGAGAAAGGGUGGUUUCGUUGAGACGCAAAAGGCUGAUAUGCCCCCUGAGCACUUGCGCAAGAUCGUCAAGGAUAUUGGCGAUGUCUCACAGCGUAAAUACACAAACGACAAACGCAGUUACUUGGGCGCUCUCAAGUUCAUGCCUCAUGCUGUCUUGAAGCUGCUAGAGAAUAUGCCUAUGCCGUGGGAAUCGGCGCGUGAAGUUAAGGUUCUUUACCACGUCAACGGUUGUUUGACUUUGGUCAAUGAGAUCCCCCGUGUCGUUGAACCCGUCUUCUUCGCGCAGUGGGCUAUGAUGUGGACGUUUAUGCGUAAAGAAAAGGCUGACAGACGACUAUUCAAGCGUAUGCGAUUCCCCCCUUUCGAUGACGAAGAGCCACCUCUGUCUUGGUCCGAAAACAUCGAAGACGUCGAACCUCUCGAACCUAUUCAGAUGGAGCUUAACGAGGAAGAAGACGAGGCUGUAUAUGAAUGGUUCUACGACCACCGACCAUUACUCGACACUUCUCAUGUUAAUGGUCCUAGCUACAAGACUUGGAAUUUGACGUUGCCCCAGAUGGCUGCUCUUUUCCGAUUCAGCAGACCUCUCAUCUCCGAUGUUGUCGAUGAGAACUACUUUUAUCUUUUUGAUCUCAAGAGUCUGUUAACAGCCAAGGCUCUCAAUGUUGCCUUGCCUGGUGGCCCUAGAUUCGAGCCCCUGUACAAGGAUAUCAACCCCAACGAUGAAGAUUUCGGCGAGUUCAACGCGAUCGAUCGUAUUAUCUUCCGCAACCCUAUCCGAACCGAAUUCCGAGUCGCAUAUCCUUACCUAUAUAACUCUCUACCCAGAAGUGUGCACAUGUCUUGGCACUCUCACCCACAAGUCGUUUUCAACCGAUCCGAUGACCCUGACUUGCCAACCUUCCACUUCGACCGCCGAAUCAACCCCAUAUCCUCUCGAACCGUUGCGCCUAAGAACGUUGAGCUGUCUCUCGAAGACGAACUUUUUGGUCCUGGAAAUAAUGAAGAGGAUGAGGAAAUUGCUUUCACUCUGCCUGAAGCUGUUGAGCCGUUCCUCGCGGACGAGGAGAUUGACAAUGAACAUACCGCGGCUGCUAUUGAGCUCUGGUGGGCACCGUUCCCCUUCAAUCGACGCUCUGGCCGCAUGGUUCGUGCCCAGGAUGUUCCUUUGAUUAAGCAAUGGUAUCUUGAGCACCCUCCUGCUGAUAAGCCGCCUGUCAAGGUUCGCGUUUCAUACCAGAAGCUUCUCAAGAACUUCACCCUCAACGAGCUCCACAAGAAGAAACCGAAGGCUCAAAACAACCAGAACCUGAUGCGAUCGCUCAAACAGACGAAGUUCUUCCAGCAAACCACAAUUGAUUGGGUAGAGGCCGGUCUUCAAGUUUGUCGCCAGGGUUUCAACAUGCUUAACUUGCUGAUUCACCGCAAGAAUCUCACAUAUCUGCAUCUGGAUUAUAACUUCAACUUGAAGCCUGUCAAAACCUUAACUACAAAGGAACGAAAGAAGUCGCGAUUCGGAAAUGCGUUCCAUUUGAUGAGAGAAAUUCUUAGGCUUACCAAGUUGAUUGUCGAUGCUCAAGUACAGUACCGUCUGGGUAAUAUCGAUGCCUUCCAGCUGGCUGAUGGCAUCCACUACGCCUUUAACCACGUUGGUCAGCUCACUGGUAUGUACCGUUACAAGUACAAGCUCAUGCACCAGAUUCGUAGCUGCAAGGACUUGAAGCAUUUGAUUUACUAUCGCUUCAACUCUGGCCCAGUCGGAAAGGGCCCUGGUUGCGGUUUCUGGGCGCCAUCUUGGCGAGUCUGGCUCUUUUUCAUGAGAGGUAUCAUCCCUCUUUUGGAAAGAUGGCUCGGCAACCUACUCUCACGUCAAUUCGAGGGCCGUCAUAGCAAGGGAGUCGCCAAGACUGUUACCAAGCAGCGUGUUGAAUCUCACUUUGAUCUGGAACUUCGUGCCUCUGUCAUGUCCGAUCUCAUGGACAUGAUGCCUGAGGGUAUCAAGCAGAACAAGGUCAACACGGUCUUGCAGCAUCUUUCUGAGGCUUGGAGAUGCUGGAAGAGUAACAUUCCUUGGAAGGUGCCUGGAUUGCCGGCGCCGAUUGAGAACAUUAUUCUUAGAUAUGUCAAGUCAAAGGCUGAUUGGUGGAUUUCUGUCGCCCACUACAACCGUGAGCGUAUUCGACGCGGUGCCACCGUCGACAAGACUGUUGCCAAGAAGAACGUCGGUAGAUUGACUCGUCUUUGGCUCAAGGCUGAACAGGAACGUCAGCACAACCACAUGAAGGACGGACCCUAUGUCUCUUCAGAGGAGGCUGUUGCUAUUUACACCACCACUGUGCACUGGCUGGAGUCUCGCAAGUUCUCUCCCAUUCCAUUCCCUAGUGUUUCCUACAAGCACGACACCAAGAUUCUUAUUCUUGCUCUUGAGCGCCUUCGUGAGGCGUACUCUGUCAAGGGUCGCUUGAACCAGAGCCAGCGUGAAGAACUUGCUCUUAUUGAGCAAGCAUACGAUAGUCCUGGAACCACUCUGGAGCGUAUUAAGCGCUUCCUCCUGACCCAGCGUGCGUUCAAGGAAGUCAACAUUGACAUGAACGAUAACUAUAGCACUAUCAACCCUGUGUACGACAUCGAGCCAAUUGAGAAGAUUAGCGAUGCUUAUCUCGAUCAGUACCUGUGGUACCAGGCUGACCAGCGACACCUCUUCCCUGCCUGGAUUAAGCCCUCUGACUCGGAGGUUCCACCUUUGUUGACAUACAAAUGGGCCCAGGGCAUCAACAACCUCAGCAACGUUUGGGUUACUGAAGAUGGAGAGUGCAACGUUAUGGUUGAGACCGAGCUCUCCAAGGUUUACGAGAAGAUGGAGUUGACGCUCCUCAACUCUCUUCUUCGUCUAAUAAUGGAUCACAACUUGGCUGACUAUAUUACUUCGAAGAACAACGUUCAACUGACAUACAAGGACAUGAACCAUGUCAACAGUUAUGGUAUGAUUCGAGGCUUGCAGUUCUCUGCGUUCGUAUUCCAGUACUAUGGUCUGGUUCUAGAUCUGCUCCUUCUCGGCCCUCAGCGUGCAAGCGAAAUUGCUGGCCCUGCCCAGAGCCCGAAUGACUUCUUGCAGUUCCGUGACCGUGAAACGGAGACCAGACACCCGAUCCGUCUGUACAGCAGAUAUAUUGACAAGAUUUGGGUAUUCCUCCGCUUCACCGCUGAAGAAUCUCGUGAUUUGAUUCAGCGCUUCCUUACCGAGCAGCCUGACCCCAAUUUUGAAAACGUUAUUGGCUACAAGAGCAAGAAGUGCUGGCCCAGAGAUUCGCGGAUGCGCCUUAUGCGCCACGAUGUCAACCUUGGCCGUGCUGUCUUCUGGGAUCUUAAGAACCGCUUGCCUCGCUCUGUUACAACAAUUGACUGGGAGGACAGCUUUGUCUCUGUUUACAGCAGAGACAACCCCAACUUGCUCUUUUCCAUGUGUGGAUUUGAGGUCAGAAUCUUGCCCAAGAUCAGGAACCAGAAUGAUGAAUUCCCUGUCAAGGACAGCGUGUGGUCUCUAGUUGACAACACCACCAAGGAACGUACUGCCCAUGCCUUCCUCCAAGUCACGGAGGAUGAUAUUGCCAAAUUCAACAACAGAAUUCGACAGAUUCUCAUGUCCUCUGGCUCCACUACCUUUACAAAGAUUGCCAACAAGUGGAACACAGCCCUCAUUGCUCUCUUCACAUACUACCGUGAGGCUGCUGUUUCAACUAUUGACCUUCUGGAUACUAUUGUCAAGUGCGAAACCAAGAUUCAGACUCGUGUCAAGAUCGGUCUGAACUCGAAGAUGCCUUCUCGUUUCCCCCCUGCCGUCUUUUACACCCCCAAGGAAUUGGGUGGUCUCGGUAUGAUCUCCGGCUCUCACAUCCUUAUUCCCGCCAGUGAUAAGCGUUGGAGCAAGCAAACCGACACCGGCACCACCCAUUACCGUGCUGGUAUGACGCAUGAUGAAGAAACCUUGAUCCCCAACAUUUUCCGAUACAUUGUCCCGUGGGAGGCUGAGUUUAUUGACUCUCAGCGUGUCUGGACGGAAUAUUCGCAGAAGCGUCUGGAAGCUAACCAGCAAAACCGUCGUCUUACUCUUGAAGAUUUGGAGGAUAGCUGGGAUCGAGGUCUGCCCCGUAUCAACACGUUGUUCCAAAAGGAUCGCAGCACCCUUAGCUUCGACAAGGGUUUCCGUGCUCGUUCUGAGUUCAAGGUCUACCAGCUUAUGAAGAGCAAUCCCUUCUGGUGGACCAGCCAGCGCCACGAUGGUAAACUGUGGAACCUGAAUGCUUACCGUACCGACGUUAUUCAAGCUCUGGGUGGUGUUGAGACUAUUCUUGAGCACACACUCUUCAAAGCAACGGGUUUCCCAUCUUGGGAGGGUCUCUUCUGGGAAAAGGCCAGCGGUUUUGAAGAUUCCAUGAAGUUCAAGAAGCUCACCAACGCCCAGCGAUCCGGUCUUAACCAGAUUCCUAACCGUCGUUUCACGCUGUGGUGGUCUCCCACUAUCAACCGUGCCAACGUCUAUGUUGGUUUCCAGGUCCAGCUUGAUUUGACUGGUAUCUUCUUGCACGGCAAGAUUCCCACGCUGAAGAUUUCGCUUAUCCAAAUCUUCCGUGCCCAUUUGUGGCAGAAGAUUCACGAAUCUGUUGUCAUGGACUUGUGUCAGGUAUUUGACCAAGAGCUCGAGUCGCUCGGUAUCGAAAGCGUGCAAAAGGAGACUAUUCAUCCCAGAAAGUCGUACAAGAUGAACAGUUCUUGUGCUGAUAUCCUGCUAUUUGCCAGCCACAAGUGGAAUGUCACUCGCCCUGCUCACUUGUUCGACAACAAGGACGUUAUUGAGCCCACCACUACCAACAAGUUCUGGAUCGAUGUGCAGCUUCGAUAUGGUGACUACGAUUCUCACGAUAUUGACCGUUACACUCGCGCCAAGUACCUUGACUACACAUCUGACAGCUCUAGCAUCUACCCCUCGGCUACUGGUCUCAUGAUUGGUAUUGAUCUUGCUUACAACCUGCAUUCCGCCUUCGGAAUGUACUUCCCGGGUCUGAAGGUUCUGGUCCAGCAAGCAAUGGCCAAGGUUAUGAAGGCUAACCCUGCGUUAUACGUCCUGCGCGAGCGUAUCCGAAAGGGUCUUCAGUUGUAUGCCUCGGAGAGCAACCAGGAGUUCCUGAACUCUCAGAACUACUCUGAGCUCUUCAGCCAGCAGAUCCAGCUCUUCAUUGACGACACCAACGUCUACCGUGUCACCAUCCACAAGACUUUUGAAGGCAACUUGACCACCAAGCCUAUCAACGGUGCCAUCUUCAUCUUUAACCCCCGCACUGGUCAGCUCUUCCUCAAGAUUAUUCACACCAGUGUCUGGGCUGGUCAGAAGCGUCUGGGCCAGCUUGCGAAGUGGAAGACUGCCGAAGAAGUCGCCGCGCUCAUUCGAUCCUUGCCUGUUGAAGAACAGCCGAAGCAACUCAUCGUCACUCGUAAGGGUCUGCUAGAUCCUCUUGAAGUCCAGCUUGUUGACUUCCCCAACAUUUCGAUCCGUGCCUCUGAACUGCAGCUGCCCUUCCAGGCUGCCAUGAAGGUUGAAAAGCUGGGUGACUUGAUUCUGCGCGCAACUGAGCCCCAGAUGGUGUUGUUCAACUUGUAUGAUGAAUGGCUGAAGACUGUGUCCUCUUACACUGCCUUCUCCCGUCUUGUUCUGAUUCUCCGUGCUUUGCAUGUUAACCAAGACAAGACGAAGCUCAUCCUGCGCCCCGACAAGACUGUCAUCACUGCUGAGCACCAUAUCUGGCCCUCGCUGUCUGACGAAGACUGGAUGAAGAUUGAAACACAGCUACGCGAUCUCAUCUUGAACGACUACGGCAAGAAGAACAAUGUCAACGUUUCCAGCUUGACUAGUAGUGAAGUGCGUGAUAUUAUCUUGGGUAUGGAGAUUUCUGCUCCGUCCAUGCAGCGCCAACAAGCUGCCGAGAUCGAGAAGCAGCAGCAAGAGCAGGCACAGCUUACUGCCGUUACAACAAAGACACAGAACGUUCACGGCGAAGAGAUUGUUGUCACGACUACGUCGCAGUUUGAACAGCAGACCUUUGCUUCCAAGACUGAGUGGCGAACCCGCGCCAUUGCUACGUCCAACUUGCGCACACGAGCCAAGAACACCUAUGUGUCGCCUGUUGACAGUGAUGUUGACGAUGUUACCUAUGUUAUGCCCGAUAACAUCCUCAAAAAGUUCAUUACCAUUGCUGAUUUGCGAGUCCAAGUCGCUGGUUACCUCUACGGUUCCUCGGCGCCUGACAACGACCAGGUCAAGGAAGUCAAGUGUAUCGUAAUGAUGCCGCAGAUUGGCGGACAAAGGGAUGUCAAGCUGCCGGAGAAGCUUCCUCAGAGCCAGCUUCUCGACGGCAUGGAACCUCUCGGCAUAAUCCACACAGUUUCGGGCUCCGAACUACCUUACAUGUCCGCACCUGAUGUAACGGAACACGCUCGUCUGCUUGAUGCCCACGGUGAGUGGGACAAGACCAACACAAUCACAAUCUCUGUGGCGUUUACGCCCGGCAGCGUCUCCCUAUCGGCCUGGGGCCUGACACCACAGGGCUACAAGUGGGGAGCCGAGAACAAGGACAUCAACAGCGACCAACCACAAGGAUUCACUACAACCAUGGGCGAGAAGCGCAAGCUUCUGCUUAGCCCGAGGUUCAGAGGUUUCUUCCUUGUGCCCGAUGACGGACGCUGGAACUACAGCUUCAUGGGCAGUGCCUUUGACGGCAUGGUCACCAAGUCUGUGCACGUUAAACUCGACACGCCUUUGCCCUUCUUCAACGACCACCACCGGCCCUUGCAUUUCCACAGCUUUGCCGAAUUGGAGGACAUUGGCGUUGACAGGGUAGACAACUUUGCAUAAAUUAGUACGGAGGGGGAUGAUAGGAGGCGGAAAACUCGGUUGUUGAUUGGCGUUUAUUUUACUCUCUUGCAUGUUGCUUUUAAGCAUUUUUUUGUUUUAUUUUUUAAUCGAUUUGAAGGAUGGAUUUGUCUGUAUGAUUAGUACUUAAACCAAAACGAAAAAGAGAGGAUUAGGAACAGAAUCCUCUCCGAGUAAACCAGCACAAAAUGUAUAAGAAUUAAAUUUCUUUAUCCGUUGCACAUAUCUCGUUGGCCGAUGUCUCCUCGCUUGUGCUAUUCGUCCGAUAUGUAACUGAC